AGGUACCGGUUGAGCAAGAAACGGAGGAAUAUGCAACUGGGGUCGUUAGCGAUUGUUGUGGGCACGGUACUGGUCGAGAUGGUAUGCGGUGUUCCGUAUGCAACAACACGUUACGGUAAGCUGCAAGGCUUCAACUAUGAAAUGAAGACUGGCACUGAGGCUAAAGUGUUCCUGGGAAUACCGUAUGCUCUACCGCCCACCGGUGAUCUACGUUAUGAGGUAUGUACAUUCAGUUUUUAUUCAUUCCGGAACUUAUGGUUUCAUGGAUUUAUAUUGCAUGUCUUACAACAGCGGUUCUGA